AUGCGCGGGCGCGAGGGCAGGGAGCUGCCGAGAAACCGGCAGGCGCUGCGGCCAAUGGGCGCCCGGAACGGUCUGGGCCCGCCAAUGACAGCGUGGUGGGUGGAGCCGGCCGUCCGGGCGGGAGGGGCUGGGCGCAUCCCUGUAGCCGGCGGACGCGCGAUCCGGGACGGACGGGGUCGCGGGGGACGCGGGGGACGGCGGGGAACAGCAGGGGACUGCGGGUCACGUCCUGGCCGCCGAGGUGAGUGCGGGCCCCGGGGACCGUGGGUCCCCUCGCGGGAUUUUGAGAGUUGCACUUCUGCCCGGCUCCCCCGAAAUCGCUGGGUCCCACCCGAGGUGGCGGCGCCCCCGACCCCCUGCGCAGAUGUUUCAGGGAAGGGGCUGAGAACUCCCCCAGCAGCUCCCCCUUCCGCGGUGCCCCCGGACCCUCAGGAUAACGGCGCGGGCCUGGGCGGGGGGAGCAGGGACUGGCAGCAGGGACCCCCGGCCCCAGGGGCAGGAGCGAAUCCCGAUCGGCUGAAGGAGCCGGAGGGGCGAGCGGGCUGCGCCUGCGGCUCGUGCAGUAACUUAGAUUUUCCGGUAAAGGAGAAGAAUGCGGUCCGUCUCAGGAUGGAGAGAAGGACCGGUGUUCCAAUAUCUUAAUGACCGUCAGUCUCUGGGGACUCACAGUGGGGGUUUAAUGAAGAAAACAGAAGGACUUGUUGUGAUACCUCAACACUCUGCCACCACCGAUAGCUA